UAAUAUACAAGAAUAGUUAAAAUAAGAAAAUCAUGUGUGUUCAUCAAGUGAGUAAUGCAGCUAUAUAUAGAGAUAUUUGUUAUAUAUAAUAUAACAUUUAAAUUAAGCUGUCAUAUUUUACGUCUACGGUCAGAAUUGUAUUCUCAUGCAGUUCAAACGGGUAGCUCAACCUCUACAAUUUUAAAGUAUGGAAGAAGAAAUAGAAGUUAUCGUUUAUCGUUCUAUCGUUGAGCUUUGCAUUAAAAGCGAAACAAGGCUGGCUUGCGAAUCAGUGUUCAGUCGCAAGGAACUUGGUAUACAUGUAAUUUUUUUCAUCGAGCCUACAGAGUCAAAAAUAAUCUACAGCGCGGAACAAAAUUCUUCGAGAAAAAAUUAUCGAGUAGUUUGCAGUAUCUUGGAGCACGAGCAAGAGUUUGGUUUGAUUGCUUUUCAAGGUCAAGGAAGCAUACAAGGUUCUAUACAAUUCUACCAAUGGAGCGUCGUCGAUAAAAUUCGAGAAUACGACGACAAGAUGCUACUCUGCUUCGACUUGAUUGAUACAUCGGAAGACUGCAACCAAAUUAAAAUUGCCAAGAACUCGUGUAUGCUACGGUACUUGGAAAGUGGAGAACUGAGCGACUUUGUAAUCAGAACAAAUGAAAAAAAUUUCAAAGUUCAUAAGAUAGUUCUGGCGUCGCGCAGCCCGGUUUUUGCUGCGAUGUUCAGAAGUAACAUGAUAGAAGCCGAAACUGGCGUGGCAACAAUAACAAACCUGAGGACUGGGGUUAUGGAGGAACUUUUGCGAUUCAUGUAUGCAGAUGUAAGCACGUAUUUGCCCGAAAUAGCUUGCGACUUAUUUGCCGCGGCUCAUUUAUACGACGUUCAAGAUCUCGAGCGACUUUGCAUUACACGCAUGACAACUCAUAUGUCCGUCGACAAUUUCACGGGAAUUCUCUAUCUGUGCGAUAGGUAUCCUCUACAAGAAACCAAAGAGGCAGCUUUAAAAUUUAUUCGAGAUAAUGAAGAAGUGAUUGCAAGGCGAGAAGAAUAUUUGGUUUACUUGAUGGAAACUGUGACAACUGAAAAUCUCGUUGAUCGACUGAAGUGGGCGCAAAAAUACGAACUCGUGGAUUUGAAACAGCAUUUGUUGGAGUUUAUUGCUAGUCAUUACAAGAAUGUGAUUAAGAACCAAGAUUACCGUCAAAUGUAUUUCAAUGAAUCAUGGGUUAAUAUUAUUUUGGAAAUCGAUGAGUUUAUCGCAGACUCCAAUAGUCAUGAAGAAAUUAUUAAUUCCACAGUAUCUAUUAAACUUCAUUCGAAACUGUUUGUGAUUCUUUGGUUAAUGCCAUGCCUAGCAAUAAUUCUUCUUUAUUACUUGACAAUGAAAUUGUCUGUUGAAGAACAAUCGUUAUUCCGGUGGUGAGUGAGUUUGCAAUCGGAGUUCUUAAUCUCUCGUCGAAUGCUGUUUUUUGGUAUAUCGUUGAACGUCAAAUGUUACUUCUGAAAAAAUAUCGUUAUAACUUAUUCCGUAACUUUUUAAACAAUUUUUAAUAAAAUUUAUUGUUUCUUUUUAAAAUAAGUUUAAUUUAUUGCAUAAAUACUCA